GGACAGGUAUAUUUGUAAAUCACAUCAAACAGCAAGGUAGAGGGAAGCAAGACGUUAAUGGACAAUACACCAAGCCAACAGAGCUGUUAGACAAACAGACAGACAGUCAAACAGAAAGACAGACAGACAGAAGACAACUGGUGGCUAUAUGAGGACAAACUUUGACAGACAAAGGAUGCUUCCAUUACUGGUUAUAGCUUUGCUGGGGUUCCCCACUGCAACAGCCUCUGUAAUGCCUUGCACCCACACCUCUCUCUCCAAGACCCUUCCGUCCUCAGCUCACAGUGUCAGACCCUCAGAUGUGGCUGUGAUCUCGGCCAUUGGACUGCCCCACACACAAAGCAGUGAGCUGUCCAGAGUGUUAUUGAGACUUCAUGAGCUGCUGACCAUGUUUAACCCUGAAAUGACCAGGAGUCUUCCUGGUCAGACAAAUCUGUAUUCUGAAUCCUCACAGCACAGAGCUCUUGUAGAGCAGGCAAAGGAACUGUCCCUCACCCUCAGGAGGAACCAGGCCAUUGAUCUAGACGCAGACUGGAAGCUGGUGAUGCUAUUCGUCCAGGUGGAUGAGCUCUGUUUAUGUCAUGACCAGUUCAGCGAGACUGUCACAGCUGCUGUCCAGGAGGUGGAUCUUGCUCUGCAGGUGCUGCAGUCACAGUUGAAGCAGACCAUUGUCAAUGUUGCAGUGUGGGAUGGAGAAUAUGUUCAUCAGAACAGGAUGUGUCAAUGUAUGGAGGAAAGACAUGAAUGGGAGCUCAGACUGCUGAGGGCCAUGCUCACUCAAGUCCUGCAGGAGUCCCUUGACGGACACCUGGUGGAGAAGCAGUGGUACAGCAACAAAGAUGACUUCACCGUCCUACUGCAGGAUGUCCCCUUCAUCACAGCAGACCCAGCCUCCUUUAUUAGCGCUUCCCCCAGAGCGGGUGCAUUACACACAGACAAACUAGCCGUACAGAUGUGGGCCAACUUGCUGCAGCCCACCAUAGGCCAGCAGAACAUGGAGAACAAUGAUAUGAUCAUCUCGGUGCCAUGCCCCAGUGAGGACCGGCCUUUCUUGAGAACAGAGCGGAACUCUCCCUCAGAUCACACCAAUGAGCUCUCUCCUCUUUUCGACCCUAUCAUGGGCACUCAUAUGCCCUGCGAGGACCAUAGCCCUUCCAACUCCACACCCACCUCAGUUCACGCCCUUCGGCCUGGCGAUAUCAAAGUCGUAGCUGCAGUGGGAGACUCUCUGACAGCGGGCAACGGUGUCGGAUCGGGAUCCAGUGUUAACAACUUACUGGAUGUUACGACGCAGUACCGGGGUUUAUCAUGGAGUGUCGGUGGAGACGAGAACCUCACCACUGUCACCACUCUUCCCAAUAUCCUGCGUGAGUUUAACCCCUCCCUGACUGGCUUCUCAGUGGGCAAAGGCAACGAGCACACCCCUCAGGCCUUCCUCAAUCAGGCUGUGGCCGGGGGAAAAGCCAAAGACAUACCAGAACAAGUGCGAGCAUUGGUGGCCAGGAUGAAGAAUGACUCGCUUGUUAAUUUCCAAGAAGACUGGAAAGUGAUCACUUUGUUCAUUGGAGGCAAUGACAUGUGUGACUACUGCUACAGCUCUCUGUUUUAUUCCACUGAAAACUAUGUGCGACACAUUCGUGAGUCUCUGGAUUACCUUCAUAAACAGGUCCCUAGAGCCCUGGUCAAUCUGGUGGAGCCACUCUACAUCCCCGUCCUGAGACAGAUGCACACAGACUUAAAUGCAGAUCUCAAGUGCCCUACCUGGCUUGUCAAUAUUCUGUGUCCCUGUGUCAUCUCGCCAAAGGAGGGUUCUGAAGCACUACGUCAACUCAAUGGACUGAACAGAGAUUAUCAGCAUGGACUGCAUGAGCUUGUGGAGUCAGGACGGUACGACACUCAUAACAACUUCACUGUGGUCCUGCAGCCUUUCCUACGAGACAUCAUCGUUCCCCAGACAGAGAAUGGACGUCCAGACCGUACUUACUUCAGUCCUGACUGCUUCCAUCUCAGUCAGAAGACACAUACUCUGAUAGCCCGCGCUCUCUGGAAUAACAUGCUGGAGCCUCUGGGCAAGAAGACUGUCAAACUGUACUUUGACGAUGGUAUCCCUGUGAAAUGCCCCUCUAAGACCUCACCAUUCGUGCGGACCUAUGUCAACAGCAAUUACACCUAUGAGGAACCCGCCCCAACACCUCCACCAAUCACGAACUGGGGAAGUGACUUCUCUUGUGUGGUUUUGGCUCCAUCCACCUCUGUGCCUACAUCAGUUCAUAAGCUACGACCAGGAGACAUCAAGGUGGUGGCAGCACUGGGAGACUCAAACACGGCAGCAGUUGGAGCCAAGGCAAAGAAUGUGUUGCAGCUCAACACGCAGUACAAAGGAGUGUCAUGGAGCAUCGGAGGAGAUCAGGCCUUGGACACUGUCACCACACUACCAAACAUCCUGAAGAAAUUCAACCCUUCCCUCUAUGGCUUCUCCAAGGGUCAGGGCUUCCUGCAGAAUAGUGGCUUCAACAUGGCAGUGCCUGGAGCCAAGGCCUUUGAGAUCCCAGCCCAAGUCCAAGCUCUCAUCAAGGCCAUGAAAGAUGACGAGAAGGUGCAUUUUGAACAUGAUUGGAAGCUAGUGACCUUAUUCGUUGGCGCCAGAGAUCUUUGUGAUUAUUGCAUGGACCAGAACAACCUUACACCCAAGAACUACAGUGAGAAUCUGAUGUUGAGCUUGGACAUGCUGUACAAAGAGGUACCGAGGGUAAUGGUCAAUGUUGUCGAGGUCCUGGAGAUGGAUCCAUUGAGGAGAGUGACUAAGGAUGCUCUGGUCUGCACCCUUAUGCAGAGAAAUGCUUGCCCCUGCUUUUUCAACCCUGAAGAGAACUCUCCUGAGCUUACAGAGGUCAAUCGGAUCAACCAAGAAUACCAGAUGGAGACUGAGCGACUGGUCUCUGGGGGGCACUAUGAUGGGCGAGAGGACUUCACUGUCGUCGUACAACCCUACUUCCGAAACGCCUUUGUCCCUUUCAUUGGGGAUGGGAAGCCUGACUUGAGUUUCUUCUCAGUGGACUGUUUCCACAUAAGUGAGCGAGCACACGCUGAGAUGGCCAUCUCUCUCUGGAACAACAUGUUGGAGCCGGUGGGCAGGAAGCAGGUCUACAACAACUUCACAUACGACCGCACCAAAAUCAACUGUCCUUUUGAGGAUCAACCCUUCAUCUUCACUAAGGUCAAUAGCCUCCCAAGCCCACCUGUAACCCCCACCUCACCUGUCCCAAACCCUGGCACCACCAACCCAAACCCUGUGGCACAGUGUGACUCCUCCAUGCCUGUGUGGGUGCCCGUGGUGCUUGGUAUCACCGGCUUACUGAUCGGCUGGGGAGUCACCUGGCUAUUUAUGUCCUGCAGAGAACGGCAGAGUAAGAGGAAAAUGGUAGAGGGAUUGAUUGAGAUGAAAGGAACUGGUUUUUAAUGAUAUUCUGAGAGGGAGUUUGGAGAUGGUCACAAAGGCUUGAAUACACACGCACAAGCGCACACACACAUGCAUAGACACACACACACACACACACACACACACACACACACACACACACACACACACACACACACACACACACACACACACACACACACACACACACACACACACACACACACACACACGUGUAUAGCACUGCAUCAAACAAACAUAUUUUAUAUAAAGUAUGUAAUAGAUGAGCUAAUUGUUUUGUAAAUACACACUGGUUAUGGCAUAUUUUCUUCCUAUGAAUAAGGUGUGAUUUGUACACCUUACAUUUCCUAAGAAUGUACCAUAUUCCUUUGUAUUUAAACAAUAAACAUUGUUGAUGAACAUUUCA